AUGCUUAAGAAUCUUCAGGGGUCCCUACAUCCACCUGGAGACAGCUUGGACUUACUAGCAGAGCCUGGUGAAACCGCCUUUCCAUUGGGAGCCAUGAUGUUUAAGAAAGGCAUUUCCCACAGUAACAGCGGUGACCCCAAGCCAGACAUUGGCAUCAAUGGUAGCAUUGUUUACACAAGCGAGCUGUGGGCGAUGGCAUGUAACUCCGAUUACGCCAUGAUAAAUUUCCGGCACUGUGAGCAUGAGAGUCUCAUGCCGUUGAGGUUCCGACUUCAUGCAAGUCGCUUCCAAGACCAUCCCUCGGCGGAACUUCAGGCUCGUCGUGAUUACUGGAGCCCAUGGUUAUUCUUCCAGUUGGUUUGGCAUGCGGUGCCUUGUUUAGUUAACCAUCCGUUUCUGUUAUCUAUGCGACUUCGGAACUUCCGGAGGACGAUGCCUCAGUCAUUCCUCCGCAAUUCUUUCGAGCAGCUGACCUUCCACUCCGGCUGGGUUGUUCAUUUUCUCGAGCUUAUUGAGGCGAAGAGCUUCGAGGUUUCUGACCCGACCAUAGGGCAAUGUGUGGCAAUUGUUGCUACAAUCUAUCUUCAACAUAGUUUUGUUGAAGAUCAAGCUUUUAACAGAAAGGCGCAAACGGGAUUUGAGAAAUGUCUCAGAUUCCUGCGUAACAUGAGUCACCGAUGGCCACACAUCGAUCGUCAGGUUCAACAACUGCAGCAACUCCGGGCCAGCGUUUCUCCUGGAGGCCUUAUGACAGAUAACAUCGCCCCGGGAGGAACAAAUUCCCGUCAGAAGUGGUCUGUGAACUUACAGCUAUUGUGGAAAAUCUUAGUGUACGCCCACGCAAGCAAUAUCCCAGACCCUGCUAGCGACAUCUUCGGCCCAGAACUUGCCAAAGACAGCGUCGGAUGCUCGGGAGCCCCUUCUGCUGGUGAUAUCACCGAUCGUGAUUUUUCAUUGAUUGGAUCCGCUGGAAUCUCAGGCCACAAGACAGUGGCUACCGAGUGUGUCACAUAUCCACCCGAGCAGAAUGAUGAUUCCAUACAAUCGCCGAGUCAGACCUCACCGAGGAUAGAAUUCUCAGGACUUCCGAGAGAUCCUAAUAUGGAGAUUAGUGGGGGUGAUACAAUAUUCCUACAACUCCAGGAUUAUGAGAGGGCGUUUGAGGAUUGGCUUAGCAUUAAUCCGACAUGA